AUGGAGAACGCUCUCGUCUCGUCCCAGAAGUCCUCCGACUCGGGGCUGCAGGCGGUGCUGCACCCCCUCGUCCUCCUCACCAUCUCCGAUUACAUCACACGACACACCCUGCGCGAACAGACCUGCCCCAUCGCAGGCGCCCUCCUUGGCCAGCAGAACGGCCGCGAGAUCACGAUAGAGCAUGCUUUCGAGUGUGCUACCAAGGUCGACGACAAUGGGAACGCCGUGCUGGAUGCCGCUUGGUUUGCGCAGAGGCUGGACCAGAUGAGGACGAUUCACAAGUCACCACAGCUCGACCUGGUCGGCUGGUACACCUUGCUCCCGAAGGCCGGGCCCACGCCUGCCAUCCUCCCCAUCCACAACUGGAUCCUGUCAGAACACAACGAGUCAUCACUGCUGCUCGCAUUCCACCCGGAAGAGGCCGUCGAUCAGUCGGUAGGUAGCCGGCUGCCCUUGACCAUCUACGAAAGCAAUUACGAGGUGGACGAGCCCAAGGGCGACCAGGGCGAGGACAAGGAAAUGAGGGACGGCGAUGCACCUCUCAAGCUAAAAUUCAGAGAGCUGCCAUACUCGGUCGAGACCGGUGAGGCCGAGAUGAUCAGCAUGGACUUUGUCGCCCGCGGGGCGGGCAAUGCCACGCUUGUCAAGCCGACCGAGCCGUCCAAGCCCAAGGGCAAAGUGUUACAAGAGGUCGACAACAAGGGCAAGCGGCGCCUUGUCGAUCCCGAGAAGAAGGAGGACACAACCAAGGCAUCCGAUGAGCACAUGCUCUCGCGAGAAGACGAGGAGCUCAUCGCGUCCUUGACCGCUAAGGCCAACGCCGUCAAGAUGCUGCAGUCGCGCAUCAAGCUACUCAUUACCUACCUCGAACGCCUGCCGCCCUCACAUCUCUCGGGAGCCGAUGCCCCUGCGUCCGCGGAUCUGGCUGGCGACUCACACACCAUUCCCUCACACACUAUUCUUCGGUCGAUCCAAGCCCUAGUAAACAGGUUGGCUCUCUUGGUGCCUUCGGCAAGCGGAGCCUUCCAGCAGGAAAUGCUGUCAGAGGCCAAUGAUGUCCAUCUGAUGUCGCUGUUGAACGAGGUCAUGCAAAGCGCAAUCGGUAUCCGGGACAUCGGCAAGAAGCACGGCGCUGUGGAGUCGGCAAAGAAGGAGAGCAGAAGAGCGCCACGCAUGGAUGUCGAGUCCCUGACAAUGGGGGGCGCAGCGGGCGAUCUCAGCAUCUAG